CUUACUGCCCAAGUGUCGAAGCAUUGGUUAUCUGGGGAUAUCGUACUGCUGUGUCUCUGUAUUUCUCUCCCUCUCUUUCUGCGGAUUGACACAAUACAGUCACAAAAUAAAUACAAAAAAAAAAAAAACUUAAAACAUUAAAGCCAAAAGAUGGCGGAGUUGGGAGCGGGGAGCCUGCACGGGGGGGAUCUCGCUUUCAAUUACCAGGAGCGAGAGCUUAACGAGCGAUUGAAGCGGCUGUACCCGGCCGUGAACGAGGAAGAGACCCCUUUACCCCGGUCCUGGAGCCCCAAGGAUAAAUACAGCUACAUCGGGCUGUCACAGAACAACCUGCGGGUGCAUUACAAAGGUCACGGGAAGAAUCACAAGGAUGCCGCGUCAGUCCGGGCGACUCACCCCAUCCCGGCCGCCUGUGGGAUCUACUACUUCGAGGUGAAGAUUGUCAGCAAGGGCAGAGACGGAUACAUGGGAAUAGGGCUGUCAGCGCAAGGAGUCAACAUGAACAGACUGCCUGGUUGGGAUAAACAUUCCUAUGGUUACCAUGGAGACGACGGGCACUCCUUCUGCUCUUCAGGGACUGGCCAGCCAUACGGUCCCACCUUCACUACGGGUGACGUGAUUGGCUGCUGUGUCAACCUCAUUAACAAUACCUGUUUCUACACCAAGAACGGGCACAGUCUAGGUAUAGCAUUCACAGACCUUCCUCCAAACCUGUACCCAACUGUGGGGCUCCAGACGCCAGGCGAGAUCGUGGACGCAAACUUCGGCCAGCAGCCCUUUGUGUUCGACAUCGAGGACUACAUGAGCGAGUGGAGGGCCAAGAUCCAGGGCAUCAUCGAGCGCUUCCCCAUCGCAGAGAGGCUCGGGGAGUGGCAGUCCGUGCUGCAGAAUAUGGUAUCUUCCUACCUGGUGCACCAUGGGUACUGCGCAACAGCCACUUCCUUCGCCAGAGCCACUGAGACCACGAUUCAGGAGGAACAGACUUCAAUAAAAAACAGACAAAGAAUACAGAAGUUAGUAUUAGCGGGCCGAGUUGGAGAAGCCAUUGAGGCAACGCAGCAGCUCUAUCCAGGACUCCUGGAACACAACCCUAAUUUGCUGUUCAUGUUAAAAUGUCGGCAGUUUGUGGAGAUGGUGAAUGGCACGGACAGCGAGGUUCGCUGCUUCACCACUCGGUCCCCCAAAUCCCAGGACAGCUACCCCGGGUCCCCCAGCAUGAGCCCCCGGCACGGAGCCAGCAACCCCCACCUGCACGGGACAGGAGCGGACAGCCCCACCUGCAGCAAUGGAGUGUCGUCGGGGAAAAACAAACAGUCGCACAAUAAAUACCCCGGCCUGAGCUCCUCCUCCUCCUCCUCCUCCUCCUCCCCUUCCUCCGCCAACUACUCCGAGUCCAACUCCACAGACUCCACCAAGUCCCAGCAGCACAGCAGCACCAGCAACCAGGAGACCAGUGACAGUGAGAUGGAGAUUGAGGCAGAGCACUACAGCAAUGGAGUCCUGGAGAACUCCUCCACCAGAAUAAUGAACGGCACCUACAAACAUGAAGAGAUUUUGCAGGCUGAUGACUCCAGCCUAGGCAAUGGACUUGCAGAGGAGGGCUGCACCCCCAGGCUGCUGUGCGGAGGGAACCAGGCCGCCACAGAGAGAAUGAUCCAGUUUGGCCGAGAGCUGCAGGGCCUGAACGAGCAGCUGUGCAGAGAGUACGGCAAGAACGCGACGCACAAACAGAUGCUGCAGGAUGCGUUUAGCUUGUUAGCCUACUCCGAUCCCUGGAACUGCCCAGUGGGACAGCAGCUUGACCCCAUGCAGAGGGAAUCUGUUUGUGCCACUCUCAAUAGUGCUAUUCUAGAGUCUCAGAACCUGCCGAAGCAGCCACCGCUGAUGCUCGCCCUGGGCCAGGCCACGGAGUGCCUGCAGCUGAUGGCCCGUGUCCGCUCCGGAUCCUGCUCCUUCGCCAGAGUCGACAGCUUUUUGCACUAGCCAAGGCUGAGGCAGUGUACAGGACAGCUAACAAGAGGACUUGCAAGUGCUGGUCGUGGAGUUGGAGUUGGAGGAGAGCAUGAGUUUGGUUUUGUGUGCUGUAUUCCCAUUGGUUGGGACAUUUGGAAGAGAGAGAGAGAGGGGGGAGGAAAGACAAACAAGACAAGGCUUCUUUUUUAAUUUUUAGUAUUAUCAAAUACAAAAACGUGUGACACUAUUUAAAGAUAAUUCAUUAUUAUUGUGUUUAUCUAGUCAUUUUGAGUUCUUAUUUUGUGUCUUUUUGUUGUGCUCAUCUUGGACAUUUAGUUUCAAUACAGCCCUGGUUAACAUUUUACCUUCUGAAUACAUAUAUAUAUAUAUAUAAUAUAUAUAUAAUAUAUAAUAUAUAAUAUAUAUAUAUAUAUAUACGUAUUCCUUCAAAUUUAAGAUGUAGCCCAAAUUUCCCUUCCUCAAUUUGAGGAAAAAAGUAAAUCUGCGUUUACAAAGAUACAACCUCAGUUACGCAUAUGGAGGCAGUUUGCGUCCGUCUGCUGUCACACAGAGCAUUACAGUUUUGUUCUGCUUUUCAUUUCCAGUCAUGAUUACUCACACUUGUUUUUCUCCCAAUUUGUGAACUGUGGUACUGCUUGGCAUGUCGAAAAAUCCAGGUUUCUGAUCAGCAUUUCCGAUUUAAGACGCAGGCUAUUUUUGAGCAGAAAAAAAGGCUUAAAAAGUGCAUCUUAAAUUCAAAGGAAUAUGGUUUCUAUAUAUCUAUAACCUAAGCAUACAUUGUAAUGAAACCCAAGCACAUACUUUUUGUUGCUCAGAACUCAGGUAUAUAAUACAUAUAAUUUUAGCGUAGAAUGUGGGAAAGAAAAAUAUUUUGUUUUACCCGGCAAUGAUUUCUAGACUCUAUGCUUUAGUAUGAUUUUAAUUUUGUUAUAUUUUCUUACCUUGAGAUUGUGGGGAAAACUCACAAAAGUGCUGGUUAAAAGGCAAGCUUGUGUGAAACGUGCAUGCCACAAGCCUGCUUGCUGGAUCAUCUGUUUGUGCAGCGGGUUUCUGAUGAAGUCCCGUGCCCAACUUGGAUCUUAUUUGAACUUGUUAAAAUCUGUGAAAUCACUUUCGAUAAGGCGUAGUAUUCAGUGCUGCUCAGGACAGUAGCGUGCACGCUGUAGGUAUUUCAACACCAUCUGCAGCACAGUACUUGAUCCUGCGUUGCACAUGGUCGUUAGAUAAUCUAUUGCAAAUCAUGUAACGGAGUGAUUUUAUUAUCAGUAAUGUUAAUUACACACCAAGAAUAGAUACUUAUGAGGGCUGUGGUUAUUAUUUUUAACCCAGAACAUGUCCCGAUCUGGCAGAGAAUGCCAUGUAAGUGCUCGCUGCCAUCUGUAUACUUUCUUUCACCGGCCCUCUUUUGGGUGGCUGCAUGUCUGUAGGAAGGCCUCUCUUGUAUAAAUAGUCUCACUUCCUCUCCCCUCCUUUUGGAAAGGAACAUGCAAACUCAAAGGACAGCCCUGUCUUAACAUGCCUGCCUCCCACCAAUGUUAGCACGAGGGCAGGGCUCCCAUGGUAAAGGAGCGUGCCUGCCCUGUGUACAUUCAGACAAUAAUGUUUCCAUCUAAUUCUGUCAUUUUGACCUAGCACUUAUGGGACUGGUGUCUGUAAGUGAGCUUUCUGUCUCCCCCUCCUCCCCCCCACCUCCCAAUUUUUUCCCAUAGCCGAAAGCGUUCGAAAACAUCCACUAACCGUACCACACCUCACCAUGUGUAGAAUGUAUGUGAAAGUAUUGUGAACGCGGUCCGCUCGUUUCAAUGCAUUUGUUACGUGUUCAUGAUGUUUCUCACAGAACGGUCUGGAAUGUGAUGACUGAACUGGAUACCCCCCCCUUACUCUUACUGAUUCCAGCAGGACUGAGUGUCCCUGCAUUGCUCGUAAUGGCUUUGGUGUGGAGCGCUGAAGCAAUGCCAUCCCUAGGAUCAGGCCAGGCAGUGGGGCUAAGGGGAGCCUGAUGCUGCUCCAGACCCACUUCUCCCACAGAAUUUGCUGAUAACCAUUUUUGAUGGCUGAUAUCGGUGUAAAAAAAAAAAGGAGCUGUGCUACAAUCACUCUUACUGUAUUCUUCAACAUUUCUCAGAUACUUUUGUGUCCAUCUCGUUUGUAACAACCUCCCCCCCCCCCCCCCCCACACAAAAAAAAAAACUUGAUGUAAAAAUGUCUACCAUGUCUUUUAAUUUAGGGUAAUUCAGAACCUAAAAGGUAACACUGCCUGUUUUAUUAUGUGGUUAUAUACAGAGUUCACUAACAGUGACACGCUUUUAAUCAUUUGUGUUCUUGAUAUUUAAAAGGUUGCCGUGUCUGAGAAGUGCAUUUUAAUGUCCUCGUUAACCGAGUAAUGACCUGUGAUUCUGAUUGUUCGGGGAAAAGUAUUAUUUCAGUUUAUUAUCUAAGCCUAACCUUAUUCUUUUUAUUCCGAGUUCUCAUUGGGAGAAACUAAUCUAAUUAGUUCCUCUUAUUCCUGUUUGCCUGGUCAGUAUAGGCUCCAGAUGUCGAUAGAAUGCAGAUUGUGUUGCACUGAACACUGUCCAGGGGAUUGGAAAUGGGGGUAGCAGGUGCAGCAGUGCCCAUGGCUGUGUACAGAGCCAGUGCCCCUCUUUUUAUUGAGUACAGUUGCAUCCGUUUGGGUUCUGAGUACCCCACAGACUAACACCAAGAACCGUGGUAUCUUAAUCCUGCUCUCCUCUAUCGGUCCGAACUCAAAUUCUGCAGUUUGUCGUUUGUCUUUGAUCUGAAUUUGUCUGGAUAAAGUUAAAAUAACGCGCACCCCAAAGGAUUUCUCCAAAGGGCUGAAGGAUUGGAUUUUAUUGGAUUGGAACGAUGAUUCAUUAAAGCAAGCUGUGCACAAUGUUUUAUUUUUUAUUGAUUUGUUUUUUUCAGUUUGAUCUUUAGUAUUUGUGAAAUAAGUUACCCUCUACUAGCAUGAACCUUUGAAAAUCUUAAUAAAAAAAAAAAAGGAAUUAUCGAAAAUACCUAUGUACUAGAAAUAUGGUAAAGAAAAAAUAUUGUAUUCUGUUGUAUUUUGACAGAAUUAUUUUUAUUAAAAUACACAUCCAUGUGCAAAUCA